UGGACGGAAGCAUCGAAAUGUAAACGAACAUAGUUUGUUUUAUUUGAUAUCAUUCGAGACACAGGAGAUAAAAAUAAUAGUUUUUACUUUAUUUCUGUACCGAUCGAUGUCGAUGGACAAGAUGGCGUCGACUGGGAUGGACGAACGAUCGCCCCUGCUUUCCUCUCAGAAUUGUCCCUCGACAAUUAAUUACGGACAAGCAGUUGACCAUGUUAUAGUUUCACCUAUUAGUCCACAAGAGCUUCCACCUCCAUCAGUUUCUUCUGAAAAUGGAACACCAGUCAUAACAUGCCAAGUUUGUACUGCAGCUAUUGAAUUAACAGGAAAACAAGAACAAUAUGUAGUUAAAUGUAAUAAUUGUAAUGAAGCUACACCUAUUAAAACGCCGCCACCCGGGAAGAAGUAUGUGAGGUGUCCUUGUAAUUGUUUGCUUAUUUGCAAAACUACUUCACAAAAAAUUUCUUGUCCAAGACCAAAUUGUAAAAAAAUUAUUCAGUUGGCUCAAAUUUCUGCUACGCCAGGUACCACCAAUGUUCCUGGCAUGGCAAGAGUAUCUUGUGGGCACUGUGAAAAUAUGUUUUUGUUUAACACGUUGAAUAAUGCUCUUGCCCGAUGCCCUCAUUGCAGAAAAUUGUAAGUAAAUAUUUUUAUUGUAAUAAUUAAUCAAAACAAUGCUAUUGAGAUUUCAUAUAAUUACAAGUUACUCAAAAUGCAAAUUUAAAGAACUUUUUUCUUUUUUACACUUUCCACCUUGUUGAU